AUGGUCUCCGGGGUUGAUAGCCAGCGAGAAGAGAAGUUCCAGAUAGAUCUGAUGGCUCCUCCUCCAUCAAGGUCAUCUCCAGAAAGGGACAGUGAGAUUGAUUUUGUGGCCAGAGAUCCUAAAUCUAUGGUUACAGAUGGGGAGACGGAAAAGAAGCCUAUGAUGGUCAAAGAAGAUGAUAAAGCAUUGAAAGUCGGGAAGGAAGAAAUGAAUGUGGAACCUGUAGAUAAAAAGAAAAAAGUUACAGGUGAAGAAGUUGAAUCCCGGAAGCCUAAAGAGAGGAACAUUGAUCUCCAGGUGGAUUUAGAGAAGGCUGAUAGGGAUAGGGCUGCGGUUACUGUAAGUAGAAACAAGCUGCUUCAGCAUGUCCAGCAGCAACCCAACCCAGAGAAGAUCGAUUCUCUUCUUUGGGGAAAUGACAUUUUGGUUAUCGGCAGAUACAUGGCACCUCUACAAGGAGUUGUAUCCAUGGAUGGAAGCACCGUCUCUCCUGCAGCCAUGCAGCCUCCCCAUUUGAUUUUUAGCCAACCACGGCCGAAACGGUGUGCAACACAUUCCUACAUUGCAAGGACUAUUCAUUGUGACCAGCAAUUUAGGAUGAAUCGUUUCUGGCCACCACCAGCCAGUUCUGCUUUACAAUAUGGGACUAAAGCGUGCAAUGUGAAUGUGGUGCCCUCUACUACUGACUUGCAUGCAGGUAGAGGUGUGAAUCCUGUGCAAGAAAAGGGGCAGGGCCUUGCAGUCGUUCCAGGUUCCAGUGGGAAGGAGAAGAAUUCUCAUGCUGCUAACAUUGCAGACGCUGCACAGAGAAAGCAGAUUUUGCUUCAGCAAGCCCUGCCCCCAGGUGCUGCUAGUAAUAUCUUGCAUGGGCCCACUUUCAUCUUUCCAAUGAAUCAACAACAAGCAGCUGCAGCAGCUGCUGCUUCUGUCCGACCUGGAAGUGUGAAGUCUCCUCCUGCUGGAAGCGGUGUAGCUUCCUCAAGUACCUCGAGUUCUGCUUCAAUGAGUGCCACAACGUCAGCUGUUGCUGGUCCUACACCAAUGAGCUUUAACUACCUGAACAUCCCUGGGAAUGAAACCCAAUACUUGGCAUUUUUGCAGAAUGCUGCAUAUCCGAUUCCCAUUCCUGCACAUGUUGGGGCCGCUACAGCUUAUAGAGGAACUCAUCCUCAGGCUAUGCCUUUGUUUAAUGGAUCGUUUUAUUCUUCUCAAAUGCUCCAUUCUUCACAGCUUCAGCAACAGCAACACCCGUCCACACAGACACAACAAAGCCAACAGGGUCAUCAAAAUCCGAGCAUUUCUAGUGGUUCCUCAUCAUCUCAGAAGCAUUUGCAGAAUCAGCAGCAGAGACCACAUGGCAGUGGAGGUAGUGGAAAUUUGCGAGGUUUUCCUGGCCCUAAAACCCAGCUGCCUCAAUCCCUGCCGAACCAGCAGCGGCAGCAGGUGCAAAAUCAGAAUGUUUCACACCAAGCUCGUCAACUUGAGAGUGAAUUAGGUCGUGAAGACAGCCCUUCAACUGCCGACAGUCGAGUCUCCCGAGCAAAUAUGAGUCUUUAUAGCCAGAAUUUAAUGCCAAUACAUCCAGGAAAUUUUGCUUUGAUGAAUCCCACGCCAGUGGGAGGUGGCCAUAGUCCAAGUGGCAAUACCGGUGAAAAGAAACCUCAGCAGCCACAAACACAGGCCUCUAAGGCUGUGGUUGAAUCUUUGGCAUCUCAGGCUUAUGCUAUGUCAUUUACAUCCAUCAACGGAACCACUGCUUCCUCAGGUCUUGAUAUUUCAUCAAUUGCACAGAAUCAUCAUUUUCUCCAAAGCCUCCCAGAGGCAGCAAGGCAUAACUAUCACUUCAUUGCUGCUGCCCAAGCAGCACAGCAGAAGAAGAAUUACCGUGUUUCUGAAGAUGGGAAAACUGGAGGAAACGAUACUUCAAAUGUGGAAGAAGAGAGGAAGGCCAUGGCAGGAGGCAAGACUCCAUUAACUGCUGGGCAGGCAAUUGUGUUCUCUCGGCCAGAUUUAACAGAUGCCCCCCAACAAUGCCAUACUGUUAAUGCACCAAGUAUGCAGCAGCAGAUGCAACGGAAUCAGCAGCAGCAGCAGCAGCAAAUCCUUCAGCUUCAGAAGCAGCAGCAGUUUGCAGCUGCAGCUCGUAGUAAAACACCAGCAACUAGCAAUGGAAGUGUUUAUCCCGAUCACAUUUCAUCAACAUCAGCUAUGGCAACCAAGUUUCCUAAUGCACUUUCUUCAUUUCCUCAAAAUCUUGUUCAAAGCAGCAGUAGCCCAGUUCAAUCACCUCAGUGGAAAAGUUCUGUGAGAGCCACCACCUCCCAAGUUCCUUCUCCGUCUCUAACCUCAGCUUCAUCGACUCUCAAAAACCUUCCCCAACAGCAAGGCCGAAUACAACAAGGUCACACACAGAUAUCCUUUGCGGCUAACCAGAAACCAUCUGCUUCACCCCAAGGGCAACCAAAUCACGGUAGUAACCAAUCUCCUUCUCCUCCGAUGAUGGUUGGUUCUCCCACAACAUCAAUUUCUAAAAGUGCAGGUGGAAGUCCAAGGACAUCCACUUCCACUAGUAACAAAUGUGGUCAAUCUUCAACGUUAUCAUCUCAACAAUCCAAGAACUCUGCAUCAGUGCCUGUGCAAAAAUCGUCUCCAGUUGGUGGAAGAAAUAUUCCAUCAAUCCUUGGUCAUCCUCACAAUGCCUCUUCAUCUAACUCUGGUACAAAGCCUCAACUGUUACAUCAACAGCCGCUAUCAAAGCAUGCAUUGCAGCAGGCUCAGCUAAUAUACACUAAUCCUUAUAUGCAAGUCCAAGCUCAACAUGCGGCAAGUUCAACGAAUACUGCACCAGUGGCUAGUGGGUUUUAUCUCCAAAGACAUCGCAGUGACCAGCAGCAGCAACCACAAGGCAUAUCAGCAGCCUCUUCUACAGGGAUGUUGUCGUUAUGUCCUCCAGUCACACUUGCCAACACCAGCACUACUGAUCCUGCCAAGGCAGUUGCUGCCGCUGCCACUGCUAACAAUAUGAAAGGUGGUGGCUUACAUUCGCAGGGUCUUAUCCAUGCCCAAUUUGCUGCUGCACAGCACUCUGGAAAGCCGCAUCAGAUUUUACCUGCUGCCUUCCCUUAUGUUCAUCCUGUUCCCACUGCAGUUCCGGUGAAACCGGCAGAGCAGAAACAACCUGCUGGCGAAUAG